UUUUUUAAAUAUUAUUGAUAUACUCCACAUUUUGCAGAUCUCAGUGAAAUAAUAAUUAAUGCUGUAUUUAAAUUAAAGUUCAAUAUUUACAUAAAUGUUAAAUAUUAUUAUGUGAAUAAAAUGACGGCAUCGAAAGAAAUAUUAAAAAGUGUCCACAUAGACGAGGUGUUAUCUAACUUUCAUAUUUUCAGUCGUUAUCAUGUCACGUCUAUGUUUCUCUUCUUUCUUGCUUUUACAGUUCACUGUAUGUUUGUCAACAAUUAUGUGUUUGCUGUUAAACAAGUCGAUUACAGAUGUAAAUCCGGUCUAGACGUCUGCUCUAAAAGAUAUUCCUAUAAUAGCAGCAUUAUAGAAACUUGCAACACUAAUUUCAAUCGUGAUGAUGACUAUAAAACAAUUUGUACAAAUAUAUCUGACUCUGUAGCCGUAUGUUCUGAUCCGGAAUACGAUGAUGAUACAAGUUUUGUAGCCGAGUUUGACCUCACAUGUGAAGAGUGGAAGAGGACCCUGGUGGGAUCUGUCCACAAUUUCGGCCUCAUGAUUGGGCUGUUGCUUAUCGGACCGAUUUCUGAUAGGUUUGGAAGGAAGGCGUCUAUAGUGAUCCCCGGCAUCAUCGGUGGCGCUCUGGGAUUGGUCAAGAGCUUCGUGCACAACUACUGGCUCUACAUUGUGAUAGAGUUCAUGGAAGCUGCCUUCGGAGAUGUCUGCUCUCCCACUUACAUGUUGACAAUCGAAACUGUCUUCGCAAAAGACCGUGUCCUCUUCCUCACCAUCGCUCACUUCGGCAUCCAGGCUGGCGGCAUCCUGGGGGCCUGCCUCGCCUGGAGCUUCCCCUACUGGAGGGACUUCGUCAGAGUCACCUACGGCCCCGCUCUCCUACUCUUCAUCUUCUACAUCUUUGCCAUAGACGAGAGCCCACGAUGGCUCAUGACCAAAAACAAGAAAGACGCUGCUGUAGCGGUAUUGGAGAAAGCUGCCAAAAUAAACAGGAUUACUCUUGAUAAGAAUAUUGUAGACAAUUUGACGAAUGACAAAGGGACAGAGAAAGAGCAGGAUGUUAAGAAUGUUUUGAAGAUGACGUUGAAAUCUAAAGUCCUCUUUGGAAGGUUGAUGGUCUCUUUCCUAUGGUGGGUCACAAGCAUUCUGGUAUGUUACGGAGUGACUAUCAACUCGGUUUUGUUGAAAGGGAAUGAAUAUUUAAAUUAUAUAUUGCUAUCUCUCAUCGAUAUACCAUCAGUGGUCGUUACUGGAUAUAUUUUGUCGAGAUUCAGGAGGAAAAAGCCGCUUAUAUUGUUUUUCUUGGCUGCAGCUGUUUUCUUCUUUAUUCAGCCGUUGAUUCCCGAUGAGUACACCUGGCUAUCAAUGAUGUUCUACCUGGCGGGAAGGUUCUCCGCGUCCACCUACCUGGGCAUCAUCUAUAUCUACACGUCAGAGUUGUUUCCCACCCACUCCAGGAACACUCUUCACGCCAUGUGUUCGUCCGUCGGCCGCGUCGGGUCCAUCCUGGCUCCGCAGACGCCUCUUUUGAUGGUGUACUGGGCUGGUAUACCGGCGCUCAUCUACAGUGGUCUCUCGCUGGUGUCGGGGCUGGCGACGGUGUUCGUGGCCGACAUCGAGCACGACGCGUUGCCGGACACUGUGGAACAAGCAGAAAAUAUAGGGAAAAAAGUGAGGAAAAGUGAAAAAGUGUGAUUGCUAACUAUCUAGUUUAGUAAAUAUCUUACUUACCGACGUAUUAU